CAACAGAGAAAGCUCUCCCUGCAUCAGCUUCCCCCCAUCGGCCAACAGACGACUAUCACGAGCCAACCAAAGAGUUCAAACACCAGAGGAAUAGAUGGACCAUAUACCGCUCCCCUCGUCUCCCGUGCGCGCGCCGCUGAAGGUUCCAUUUCUUUGCACCUCGAAGUACGCCUACGACAACCUGGGCUUCGCAAGCUACCCCACUCGCGCAGGUGUGGACAUUUCCGGGGCAACGUCUGUGGACGAGCUCGCAGCGUUCCUACAAGCGUGGCUAUACUUCGGGACGCUCCAAGAGGUGUUCGAAAACAUCUCGGGCGUGCCAUUCACCCGCGAGGAUUUUCUCACCGAACAGGAGGAUGGACAGCGGGUGAUCACCACCGAAAACCUCCAGCGGUAUAUAUGGUACUGGAUCGCGAGCGAGGUGCGGCUAAAGGGCCCCGACGACGAGGACGAAAAUCUAGUUCGCCUAGAAAGAACGACUGAGUGUCUUGCACGGGUGAAUGAGGUGGUCCACUCGCUUGGCUACGUCGAGGCGGCAGAGCUGGAUCUUGUGCUGCUGUCGAUCGUUCUCCUGGCGGAGGCCUUGGAUAAGGCUAGACCUCAUGUUUACGCGGUGUACAAGGUCAAAACGUUUACUUGGGAUGUUGGAGGGUUCGUGAAGAAACUGCUCCAGGAGGCGGGGUGGUGCUUGGGAGAGGUAGCUAUGCUGGGGAUUAAUACCCCGUCAGUCAUAGUGUUUGUGAGCUUUCUUGACCGGAAGGGACUCGGGAAAGAUCAUUCAAAGUGCUCGGAUGUGUCUUGUGUCGCCAAUCAGAUCGAUGAGGAUACGUACGUUACGAGACACGCUCGAGAAAGUUACUUGACGAAACUGGGCGAACGGGUGACUAGCAGUGGAUGCGGAUGUGAACACAUUGUCGUCGAAAGCCCAGCGAGUCAUCCCGUCUCAGCCAUCCUUAAAGCCGGAGGCAUUCCGGUCAUAUCUGUGGCAGCGAUCACUUCCGAUUCGAGCGCUCCAAUCGUGAGCAUCACCGCAGCAGACCCCUCAAAGCCUUACGUAGCGAUUUCGCACGUGUGGUCGGACGGCAUGGGAAACCCGCGGCAGAACGCGCUUCCACUGUGCCAGUUGCAGAAGCUGCAGAAGCUGGUUAACGGCCUCUACGAGCCCGAGAACCACCCAGUUCCAUUCUGGAUCGACACCAUUUGCGUGCCCCUCAGCAACGACAUGAGAAACAUGGCGAUCCAGCUCAUGGCUAGGACAUACGAGGGAGCGGGAAAAGUCCUGGUGCUCGAUUCCUCGCUGACGGAUCCCGGCGUGCACAGCGCUCCCGAGGAGCUGCUGAUGAGGAUCCGCUGCUCUUCGUGGAUGCAGCGGCUCUGGACGCUGCAGGAAGGAAUGUUGGCCGAUGAACUGUACUUUCUGGUCGGGGAUGGCACGGUGCGAGUGAGCGUAUUGGAUGCACAGUUCCGGGAGGUGAACUCGGUCACCAAGAACCGGCUCCGGCUCGUGGGCGCGCCGGACUUCGGUGCGAACGACGUAUUUACGGUGAAGAUACAUCGUGCCCUGGCCGCUGAUGACGUUUUCAUCGGCGAUGAUGUGGAAGCUAUGGAAUAUGCGCUCCAAACCGUCGGGGAAUAUCCCGAUUGCCCCGACUACGACGAUGAAAUGCUAAUGCAACGACUGGAAACGUACAAUGAUUACGCGAACCAGAUAUUCGUCAGUGCAACUACUCAGAUUAUACCAAUCCGGCUAACCAUGCCGCGCAUGCGAGGGGAGCGCGGGCUGGAACUAGUCGCCGCCUCGCUCAAGGGGCGGAUGAGCAGCAAGAUGGCGGACGAGACGAUCUGCGUAUCGGCACUGCUCGGAAAAAGCCCCAAGAAGCUACUCCAGAUCCCAGGCCACGAUCCGCUGGUCAGGAUGAAGGCGUUCUGGGCAUCACUCUCCACCGUCUCGCCGAACAUCAUCUUUGCCAAUUCGCCCAGGCUCCAGGAGGACGGGUUCCGCUGGGCGCCAGCAACUUUCAUGACCAAUGAGGUGGACUACGGGUCCAGAUUCUUCUCCGUCGGCAUCACGGCCCGCAUAUCGCCCGAGGGCCUGGCGUUCUCCCAGUUCAUCUCGUAUUUCAUCGCGGAAGACCGGGAGGAUCUCGGCGAAGUCUUUGAUAUGGCACAGGAGGGUUCAGAACUGGUGUUUAGAGUGCGAGUGCUAGGCCCGCGUGCAGACAGGAUCCGCAGACCAGCGUUGAUCGUCGAGAAUCCCCCCGCUACGAAUCCUAUGACUCGCGGCGUUUUGGUCUCCUUGAGGUCCGAAAGUGCCGCCGGAAGUGCUGUGGCUAGGUUCGAGAAUAGGGUCGUCGUCGAAGCGACGCUUGAUCGGGCUUCUGUAAAUGGAAAUACUGUGGUCGGCACUGUUCGGCAGUCGGUUGAUUUGCAGUGGUGUGUGGGAUGAAUGGUGGAUAUAUCAUAUACCUAGGUCGACGGGUUGGCAGUCGGGAUUGGUUUCUUUACGAAUGGUACAUACUUUCGCUCUUACCAUUUCUCUUUGGCAAGGAAUCUAGCGGGAAUAGGAGUUUGGCAUGACCGAGGGUCCAUUCAAUGUUGAUGAUUUGGUGCCAUCGCACCAGGAUUGUCUAUCUGGGCCACUUCUAUGAUCCUGCUGCGCCAUGAGUGGAUAGGUAGAUACCCGUAACUCUGCAAAUACACAAUCGAUAAAUGCGAA